AUGCAAAAUUACUUCUCUUCAGACUUUCCUUUUGACUCGUCACUCUCAGGUAAUUCUCAAUCAAACAACUUCUUCUCUCAACAACACCAAGAAUUUAAUGACUUUUCUUCGAAUGAAUUUUCUUCACAGUCAUCAAACAAUUUUCCUGUGACAUUCCAAAACGACUUUUCUCAAUUUUCAACUUUUGACCCUCAAGUUAAUCAACAGUCAACCCAACAAAAUGUUCUAUCAAAAGGUCCUGCAAAAUUUAAAUUUGAACCACCACCUUCUACAACUAAAAGAGGAUGUGCUGAUAUAAAACCUCCAAUGACCAACCCCUCUUCUCUCAAUCCUGCUUCACAACAACAAAUCCAAGUCCAACCACCGUCUUCAGAAAAACAAACAACUGAAGAUGUGCCACAACCAAUACAACCCCAAGUCAAAAAACAAUCUGCUAAUGAUCAUUAUAAUCUUUUAAGAGAAAUUGCUGCUGAGACACUAACCUCAAACAAUCUUGUUCAAACCGAGUCUUUAGCACAACAUACAGAACAACCAUUUGAAUUUAAUAAUCAACAACAAUCAUUUGAAUUUAAUAAUCAACAACAAUCAUUUGAAUUUAAUAACCAACAACAACUUAAUGUAUUUUCUAAUGACUUCUCUUUUGAUCAACAAACAGGACAACCCUCACAAGAAACAAUGGAGUAUCAGGUUGUUGAACAACAAUUAAAGUCUCAGAAAUCUGAAGAACCUAAAGUUGAAAUUACGCCUCAAGUAACACAACCUCUCAAACCUACUAAAUUCAUACCACCACCAAAAACAUUAUCACCAAGUGAAGGUGAAACAAAAACACAAGUACCUGUAGAGCAAAAAACUAAUGACAAUACUCAGUUUGCUUUUAGUUCUUUUGAAAAUGCCUUUUCAGGAGAUUUUUCAUUUGACACUCCAAUCGGGUCUCAUAAGGAAGAAAUUCAAUUUGAACAAAAGCCAAUAGAGUCUGAUGCUCCUGUAAUGGCACAAGAAGAAAAGAAAGAGGUAAUACCAGAAAAUAAAUCAUUUGAUAUGAUGAAUUUCAAUGAGGAUGAAAAGAGAGAAGAACUUAACCAAGCUAAACAGAAAAAAGAAGAGUUACUAGAAGAAAAAAGUCGUUUAGAAAAGGAAGUUCAAGAAUCUUCUCAAGAUAUAAAGGAGAUUGACAACAUAAAAGAACUUCAAAGUGAAAAUGAACAACUACAAAGAGAAAUUAAUGAGAUGAAAAAACAAAUUCAAAACAUAAAAGAAGAAAAAAGCAAACGAGACGAAGAAACCACUAGACUUAUAAAAGAGAAUAAUGAAAUGAAAAAACAAAUUAAUGAUUUAAAACAAAAACUAAGAGACAUGAAGGAAAAAGAAGAAGUUGAAAAGAAAGAUAAUGAAACCAAAAAACAAGAAAAUACUGAACUUAAAGAAUAUUCAAAUGAAGGACAACGUCUUGUUCAAGUAAAAGCAAUGGGUGGUAUUGUGGAAGACCAAGAAAUUGAUUCAUUCAUUUCACAUGAAAUAAAAUCAGAAGAAGAAAUAGAUAAUAGAACAAAUGGGAUGAUAGAAGAAAAGAAGCAAUCAGAAGAAAAUCCUUCACAAGAAAUUAUUGAUCAAAUAAAACAAAUGUUAAGCGAUGGGUCAUAUAAGUUAGGUCCAUUUCUUAGCACAUUGUUUACAGUUCAAGAUGAAGACUUUGAAGAUGAUAGAAAUGAGUUUCCAAUGCUUCCAUUUGCUUUACUUUAAAUAAAAAACUUGAAUGAAAUAACAACAAUCAUAAAAUAUAAAAAUAUUUUUUAACU